GUCACACUAACAGAUAGUGCGAUCGAGCGGCUAAAGUACCUAUCGGAGAAGCGCCAAAAGACACAGUAUUUGCGCUUGCGGGUGGAUUCCGGUGGCUGCUACGGAUUCUCGUAUAUGCUGGACAUGACCGAGGAGCCAGAGGUAAACGAUGUGAUUUUGGACCGGAGCGGCGCCAAAAUGGUCAUUGAUGAUUUCUCGUUGCCGCUGGUGCGCGGGGCGACUAUUGAUUGGCAGGAUAGGCUUAUUGGCCAGGCGUUUUUGGUUGUGGCUAAUCCGCAAGCGAGCGGCGGAUGCGGGUGCGGAGCAUCGUUUGAGAUA